GCGCUUUACUUAACCUCUUCUCCAAAGUUAUUGUCUGUAAUUAUUGGUUGGCUUUUUACGAUGGAAGGCCACGGGGAGUGGGUCGAGUCCGUCCUGGCAAAGGUAAAUGAACACCUGCUAGGCAUCAAGCAUAUUUGGUCUGACAUUGGUUAUCCGAAAAACAGAGUAGAUGAGCUCCGGAGCAUGUUAGCUGAUAAGGUGAUCACACCACUUCGCUGUGUUCUGUCAGAUACUCAAGACGAAAAAUCUAAAUUGGAGGAAAAAGUUAGGAAUCUGAAGAACAAAACAGUUGAAAUUGAAAAGGAGCUUCAAGUACCGCGGAGAGACACUGAUUUCUCCCAACCGUUGCUUGUGACUCUGGAAGAACUAACUAAUUACAAUGCAGAACUUCAGCUAAAAAUCGCAGAAUUGACAGCAGAAUUUAAAGAACUUAAAUCCAAUGAGGAAAACCUGUGUAGUCUGCUGGAUGUUAAAGCCUUGGAAGGCUUCCCCCUCAUCCCCUCUUUUGAUGACAAACGCCGCGUUCAGAAUCGUAUCGAGGAACUCAAAGCAAUUAAAAGGGAGCGCGAAAGCAAAUUGGAAUCAAUGAGACAACGUAUACUGUCCUGCCUUGACUAUUUGGGGACUGACUGCAACCUUGAAAUGCCCCAAUCUGUUCAUCAGGCGAUAUACAUGGAGUCAAAACCAUCUAAUCUGUCCGAAUGUAUACUUCUAGAAGUUGACAAAGUUCAGGAUAAAUAUAUGGAUUUAUUUCACAAAUUCAAGUCAGAGGAGGAGGAUCUUCUUGAGAAGAUUGAGUCUCUACGAAACAGAUUGGCUAUGUCUCCUUAUUCAAUACCGGAAAAGCACUCCACAGUUCCGUCUCAACGCAUUAAAUACGGACUGAGCGAGCUGGCUCGUCUUCGUGAGCUUCGAUUGGCCAACUUGCGUCGCCUAACAGAGGCCUGUGUUCUUGAGUUGGAAGGCAUUUGGACGGCCUGCUAUGUGGGUGGCGAAUAUCGACAGACCUUUCGCGAAUCAACUUCUUCCGAGUGUUCAGAGGAGAAUCUGUCUCGUUUGGAAAACGAAGUGCACAAGUGGCGACGAUUCAAGGCUGCUCAUCAGGACUUCUAUGAUGCUUUGACUGUUUGGCUUGACACACUGCAGCAAAUAAAGGCCAUUGAACUAAAACGCCAGGACCCAGUGGUGUUAAAAAAUCGUGGUGGAAUACUCCUGAAGUUGGAUAAAGAGGAUAAGAAGCUGCGGAUGCGUGACCUCCCUAAUCACACGACGCACCUGGAGUCCAUAAUUUCGCAGGAAUGCGAUGGCCCGGACGCCGGUCUCUUCUCUCUUGUCUGCAUCGAAGGUCAGCCCUUAUCGGGCCUGCAAUUGGCGGCCGGACAGAAGGAAAACGCUCUGGCAUCGCUAGUUGACAAAAGGUAUGACCUAGCCGGGAUUCUUUUCAUAAUUUUAAAAAAAAUAUUGAUUAAGAAUGGGACAGUAAACCCAGACUCAUAAUUUCUCUACAUGCAGGACAAUUGUAAUAUCAGAUUUCAUGGGUUCUUUUACACACUUGUGUCGUUUGCCAGUCUCGAGUCCUCAAGCGGGAUGCUGGGGAGUUCUGGGGCCGCAACAAAGCUUCAAGGGACGGCCGCAAAGGGUGGCUUCUUGUACGCCAGCACAAAGCGUCCGGCGAUGGCAGCAUCAACCACUAGGGCCUCACCCACUCCCUCGCGUCUUCAAACUCCGUCGACGGAAAUCAAGAGACCGCGAACGGACUAUCACGGUGGUGUUAAGGCAAGUACACAAGUAGUAUUAAAAUCUACUUGA